AUGCCUUCCUUCUCAUCUACCUUCUCCUCUAUCUUCAAGUCCUCCAAGAAGAGAAAUUCUACCAACAAGAACCCUUCCGAUAUUGCGGAGAUGUCAUCUACAUCUAAGUCUUCUGAGAAGAAGAUCACCACUACUGCUGCCAGUAAUGGAAAGCAUAUCAGCAACGUGAAUAAUAAUACCAACAAGAGCGACAAUAAGAUCGCCAAAGACAGCUACAACAACAUGACCAACAACAGUGUCGACAAGGCUAUCAAGAGCCCUAAUAACAAUUACUACAAUAAUAAUCUCACCGCCGCCACUACUACCAACGCCACCAACAAUAGGAAAAAUAUCGGCAACGACUACAAUAAAACUGAUAACAACAUCGCCACCAACGAUACCGAGCCAGUCGACCUCGGCAUACCUCGUAGAGGCCAAUACAUCACCCGCGACGGCAUAGACGUCGUGGCGGUCCUCGAGACUUGGCAUCAAAUCUACACCGGAUGGCAAAUCAUCUCUGCUGAGCUAGAGAGAAAGGAGAAGAUGCGCCAACGUCGCCGCUUAUGUGAGAACGGCUUUACCCGACAACACAAACAGCAGUCAAAGAGUUAG